AAACCGACUUGUUUGAACAUUGUUCUCAUAAGGAAGUACACAGGCACCUUUUAUUGAAAGUGCCGUGCUCUUCUUAGUGAAAGCUUAUGAACAUAUGUUUUGAUGAAAGACUGAAAAUAGUAAAUAAAAGAAGUUAACUCUCUUUUACUAAAGGGAACUGGUAUGCAUGUGAGGCUGACUCUAAUGAAAAAAGUCUAGUCACUGGAAGAAAAGGAGAAAGGAUUCAGAUCCGCGGGCACUCAGGGUUGCUGGUGCAAUAGACCUGAAAGGGACCAUGAUGUCUUCACCAAAUGAUGCCAACAUGGAAGAAAUACCUUUGGAAGAUGAUGAGCGAGACAGCCUAGAAUACAAGAUCCUAAUGGCCUAUGCCCAGCGGCGGUUGUCUGCCAGUAAAUAUGAGGAACUUAUGAAAAAGGAAGCUAACAUGCAGAAGUCCUCGUCCUUAAUCAGGAGAGAAGAGAAGUUAGAAGAUCAAGGCCAUAAAGUUGGGCCAAGCCAAACAGAGGUUUCACAGAGCACCGGUUUGAAACACCUAAGCCAAAAGCAAACAAGACCAAGAUCUGUCUCAAAAUAUUGUCUACCCUCUUCCUUCAUCAGAGAAAAACAUGAAAAAUCCCCAAAGCCUUCAUUGCCCCAAAAGCCAUUCUUGCCCCAAAGUUCCACAGUGUGUUUCUACCUUCCUAGGGUACAGCUUCAGGGCCCUUCAGAAGUGAAGCAAAAGCAUCUGACAGAUGAGACGGCAAAUGUUGACCACAUUGCAGACAGGCUGGCCAAGCUUGUUACUUCCAGAUCUCAGCCGUCUCCUUCGGAUGUGUCAUUCAAGAUGAUGGUUCACUUCCAGCUUCCAGAACAACAGGGUGGAGGUGCUGCUGGUGGAAAUAAGGGUGGAGAAAAUGAUGAAGAAAAGAUAAUACAAACAAUAGUUGCACUGUUAAGAAAUUCAGGGGAUCAACUAGAAAAAAAGAUCAAGAAGGACAAGACUUUAUAUCAGCAUUUUAUAGACAUGCUGUCCUACAGCUUCUUUGAGAGGGUCACUGAUCUAAUCCUGGAGGAUGUCUCAGCAGACUCAACAAGUGAGACAGAAGGCCAAGUACAAUGCACCAAAGUUGCCUUUGCACUGGAAGUCGCAACGAGACUUACUGCUGUGGACAACCAUCCAAUGAACGUAGUCCUGGGCUUUGGAAUAAAGUACCUCAGAGAACACUUCACGCCUUGGAUUCAGAACCAGGGUGGCUGGGAGAAGGCUUUGACUUUGCUGGAUCAGGAAGAAAUUGAAUAAUCAUGACUGCAUUCAUUCUUCAGGGUGCAUAAAGCCGUCGGUGAAGGAAUAUGCUGGAUCUUACCACAACCCAAUGCCAGAAUGAUUACUGGCUAUUUAUUUUUAGUUCCAAGGAAGGUUGCAGUGUUGCUCGGACAACUCUAAUGGAAACAAUUUCACAUUUUUAAAAUUGGUAUUGAUGUAGAAGUGUUCUUCAGUGUAUAUGAAGGCACUCCUCAUAGCACAUUCAGCCCCAUGGAUAGUGGCUUCAUGUCACUACCUUUCUGAGUAGAGAUGCUUCCCACUACUCUUAUGAAUGGCUGUUAAAGUGCAAAUGGGAGGAAAAUAUCAAAGUGUGCAGUCAAGAAUCACUGGACUGUGAUCAGCCAUCAGGCAAGUGUGAUGGGUGCUGCCAGCUUUGUGUGGUUCAUAGUGAUGUCAUCUGAUAUCAAUCCUACUGUCCCUUAUUAGGAGGUACACUUAUGCAAGGUACACCUAUCGGUUUUCUCUCUCUGUUUAGAUUCUCCAAAGAACUGAUGCCAUUUUAUUUUUCUGUAAGGGACCGAGUAAGGGAAAUGAAGGCUGUUUACUUCAGUGCCUUCCCUCUUUGCCCAAGAAAAUAGACUUGAUCCACGUAUAGAUACUUUUAACGUGAACUCUUCCAUUUUAACCCUCUUCCAACCAUAGUGCAGUAGAUGUUGGCUUCUACAGCAUUAUUUUGUCUAUUAAUCUGGAAGAUACAAGCACUGUGCAAGCUUUGUAGUUCAAGAAAUUUAGAAUUUAUCUUUCUGUGUUAGUUUUCCUCCAUAUUCAAAAGGAACUCCAUGCUAUGUGUAAUCUCAGUGAUUUCUCAGAAAACAGAGCUGUAGCUUCAACCAUUGAAAAAAAAUAAUCUGAUUAGAGUUCUUGAAUCUGGAAAUGUGGCAGAGGAAGGAACAAAAGUGCAUCAUUUAGUAGCGAUGUAUGCCAGUGAAACUAUUCACGAUUUUGAGGCUGUUUUGUGCAGUGCAUUUUGCUGUGGGGCCAUUUGUAACCCAUUUGGCUGAUGACUACUGGAUUUCCAUCCCCUGUGAAUCCCCAGUGGAGAAAGAAAGAACUUGGAACAUCUGCUGAAGCUGUGAAAUCAUAGUGUUGCUUCUUAAUACAUGAUUUUCCAGUACAAACAGUUAAUGUUCCCUGAAAAGGUUCUCUACCUCUUAGUUAGAUGUCCUUCCAUUACAGGUACUCAUUAUAUGUGUACAAGUAUGUUAACUACAAAGACUGCAUGAAAACUUAUUAACAAAUCAUGAAUUUGGAUGAAAGUGAUAAAAAGCAUUUGAACUGGAUGUGUAAAAUAAGCAAUGCCAUAAAAGAUGAGCAUUUUUAAUAAACCUUAAGCUUUUGACUCAU